AUACCGAAAAAUAAAAAUAAUCGAAGGCGGCGAAGUAGUGAGCGGUUAGGACGUGUUUCUGUGGCGUCCGCUCAUCUGAAUCAAAACUUCGACGACGACAAUGCGCCAUUUACCUGUCAUCUGGAUGCCACUGGCCCUGGUCACACUUAUCGCCAGCCGGGGUAUAAUCGGCUUACCCACCAAGUCACAGCUGCGCCAGUUGAUCAGUAUGAUCCUCUACGAGGACCAAUUGUUCAACGACGUCCUGUCGGAGAACGUGAAACUGGACGAUGUCGAUCAGAAGAUGUCUCCGUUUAUCAAGGAGAAGGUGCCAGAUAUCAAAAACGUCGACCCACUGGUGACGCUAUACGCGCUAACUUCCACUCACCAAUACUAUUCAGGCGAUGACCUGAACUUGAGCGUGACCAUCGUCGGCACGUCCAUCAUGUGCUUAACACACAAGCGCGUGGCCCUUCACCUGGCACUUCUCAUCGGGCUGAUAGACAAAUUGGACGGUCGAGUGCAUUUCCAAAUGAGGUCUAGUGUUUUCACUCACGCCAUUCCAUUCUACAUGGACAUGUUAUCGUCCGUCUAUAAAAAAUUCGAUGAUCUGUUGACCGUGUACGAAACAGUAUUCGCUAUGAUUUCGUCGGAAUCGUACGAAACUAACCUUACAACAUUGAAAAACGAACUAGAUAAGCUGAACGCUGUCAUAAGUUCAUCUUGCGUAGUUGACAAAAUGAAAGAGUACUGUAGCAGGUUCAAACUGAGUAAGCUGGAAAAUUGCGAGAACAUUAUUACCGAAGACCAGAGGAUAUCCGACAGCGUAGAUGUCAACACUUAUGUCGAAUCUCUAAAGGAAAACGAGAACGCUAUAAUGAAUCUAUUUGACGAGAUGGACCAGAUCAGACACAUGGACAGAUGCAUAUGGAAAACCUUUUUGAAUAUACCAGAUUUACCACUUGAUGAUCCGACUCAAUUCAAAAGGACUGAAAAGCCCAAGUACAGGGAUGAAGUUGAAGAAAUCAUAGAGAGGAGAAAAUCUUCUUUAAAAUAUGACAUGAAAAUAGAAAAUGCGAAUAACGGCGAAAAUAAUCAACCCCCAGCGGCGGAUACAUCGGCAUCAUCUUCGGGUACAGUGACACCAGAAUAGAGUCUUUGGUAUUCUAAUACGUUCGUUGAUGUUCUAUACUUAUUCAAAUGAAUUGAUUUUUGUAAUUUAUACAUUACACACAUUUAUUUAUACCUUAUAUACGAACCCUAUAUGUUGUAUUACUAUAAUAAUAAUAUUAAAAUAUUUAAUAUUUUUUUUUUUCAUUAAAAUAAUAUAAAUGUUAUUAUUGUAUUUUAUUUAAUAAUUGCUGUUUAAUAUUAAUAAACCAUUCGAUUAAUAAA